AUGCAUUCCAACCUUCAGAUUACUAAUAAUUUGGAUUUGAAAAACCCACACUUCCGUUACACCGGCUAUCCUCCUGCUCCCCCUCCUGGAUCAUACACAAAGUCUCCUACUGAACUUUUUUAUGCUCAGGCCGCAUCUAACGCUGCUAAUGCGAAUGCCUCAGUUGUAGCAGCUUCUGGCCUUGUUCCUAAUGCGAAUCCAACUCCUGGCGAUGCUACUGAUGGUAACCUUGGUUCUAGUGGUCAAAUCACGGUUUACCAGCCUACCGGCGGUCUUUUAUUACCCGAGGUUUCAGCUCUUUUUCCUACCCAUUCUGGUCCUGGAAUUCAAAGUCUUUCGGUUUGUCUUGCUUACCUUCCUUUUUUCAGUAUUACCGACUGA